AUGAGAAGGAGAGUGCCGGCCACUACACCCGCCCCACGAAACUAUGCCAUUCCCAGGACUACACCGGCGCCGCAACAACAGCCCAGUCCUCAAAACUCAAAACCCGCCAAUUUAGGUCUGGCCGCACUUCCAACCGACACCGAUGCCGACGGAAUUCCCGGGGAGGCCGGUAGAGACUACCCGACCCUCGAGACUAUCCCAAAGACUUCAUUCUCGUGCGCUCGUCAGCCACUCAGCGGUUACUACGCGGACACGGAGGCGGCCUGUCAAGUGGUCCAUUUGUGCCAAUUCGGUGGCGUUCAGGAC